GCUACCUUCUCUAACUUAGCCGUUGCCUCCAUCUCCGAAUCCGAAGCCAUACGCUUAAUCGAGAACAACAAGCAAAGACAUGAGAACCCCUUCCACUCUUUUCCUCAAAGCCCACAUUCCUUCCUCCAUCUUACUCUUCCCAACCUCCAAAGGAACACACAAGGCAAAAAUGCAUCCCAUCUUGUGCUUCUGUAAGAGAAUCCAAACUAAUUCAUAUGAAGUUGCUAAUGGAAGCUAUCAUCCCACUGUGGAGCAGACAAAAGAAAAGAAUAUAUUGGAAAAGCCAUCUGGAAAAAUUGAAUCUAUUGGAGCAUUUCAAAAAUUGCCUAUAGUGAUGCCAUCUGUUGACAUUCUUGGGUCAGCACUGAGAAAGGCAAAGAGGAUUUCUCCAACAAAAGGAAUUGCCAAUAUUGCAAAAAGAGAGAAAAACAAGGGUGCAAAGCAACUUGAUGCACUGAUGAAAGAACUUGCUAUUCCCUUGAGGACGUAUGUGGAGAAUUUUCCUAACAAAACAUAUCUUCAUCCUUAUGAAAGGUCUCUUAUUGAGCUGACUCUUGGAGAUGGAUAUUAUGAAAAGGUUCUGGGGAAGGUAGAUCGUUUAAGGAAGAGGGUAGUAUCUGUUGGAAAGGAACAUGCUUCACUUUGUGCUAAGUCUACAUCAAAGCGAGAAGCAGAGGAAAGACUGAAUGAGGGUCUUACGAAAAUUGAAGAGAUUUUUGCUCAAGAACGGAAAGUUGUUGACGAUUUGUUAGACAUAGCAAAGACUCUGAGGGCAAUGCCUGUAAUUAAUUUGGAAACACCAACACUCUGCCUUGUUGGAGCUCCUAAUGUGGGCAAAUCUUCUUUGGUCCAUAUACUCUCUACUGGCAAGCCUGAGGUUUGUAACUAUCCCUUCACCACAAGAGGAAUUCUUAUGGGUCAUGUUGUUUUAAACUAUCAUAAGUUUCAGGUAACAGAUACUCCAGGCUUGUUGAAGAGACAUGAUGAGGACAGGAAUAAUUUGGAAAGGUUAACCAUUGCUGUCCUUUCCCAUUUACCAACAGCAGUUUUGUAUGUUCAUGAUCUUUCUGGGGAGUGUGGCACCUCACCAUGUGAUCAGUUUUCAAUAUACAAAGAAAUCAGAGAAAGAUUUACUGGGCAAUUAUGGCUUGAUGUUGUGUCCAAAUCUGAUUUGUUGAAGACGUCUCCUGUGGUCUAUGCAACGGAAGAGCCUUGUCCCACACAACCAGAGCUGGAGAAGUACCGAAAAUCAGGUCCUGAUGGAGCUAUAAGUGUAUCUGUGAAAACACAAGAAGGACUACAUGAGCUGAAGCAUAGAGUGCAUGAGCUGCUUAAUUUGCAGAUGGCCAAGAUAAAAAGUAUAAGCAACAACCAAGAGUAAGUGAAAGGUGCCACUCUAAGGGGACAUCAAAAUUUGUGAAGAAACUUUCUGGUAAAAUAGGGAAGUUGAAAUCUUCAUGAGCCUGAGUAUCUUUGUAAAUUAGUUAGGCAAGCUCUAUGGCGAUCCUCCAAACACGAGAACAAGCAAAGGCUUCACUACUGGCUCCAUUACUGUCUGCAAGCAAUUAAGCAUCGUCCAGUAAAUCAAGGGGUGACACGCUGAGCAUCUGAAUUUUCCAGAAAGUUUUUGGUCAUCUAUUGUAUUUUUUGAGGGAAUCUUUCUUGUUCCAACCAUAUUUGACCUUCUUGAAGAAACAAGAAAUGAUUGUCUCUUGGCUUUCCAAUCCAUCUGGCCUUGCAUUUAAUUUGUUGUAGUCAUAAGUUGUAAUUAUGAUGUAUCUUAAAUCCAUUGUUAGAAGUAACCAUUACUUGGUUUAACUAAAGCUUGUUUCAAGGAUUUAUGUUUCACCUUUCUUGUGUUAUGC